AUGAUAAGCGGCAACCUCACCAAUGAAGAGCUGGGGACCGGAUGCACCAAGGCCGAGGGGCCGGCCACGGCCGCCGGCGCUGUCGUCGCGAAGAGUCCCGUGCUGUCGAGCUCUCGGCACUGGCCGCCGUCGACGGAGUCGAGGAUCGUGCGCGUGUCGCGGGUCUUCGGCGGCAAGGACCGGCACAGCAAGGUAAGGACGGUCAAGGGGCUGCGCGACCGGCGCGUGCGGCUGUCCGUGCCGACGGCGAUCCAGCUCUACGACCUCCAGGAACGGCUGGGCCUCAGCCAGCCGAGCAAGGUGGUGGACUGGCUGCUGGACGCCGCGCAGCACGAGAUCGACAAGCUGCCUCCGCUCCAGUUCCCGCCGCAAGCGCAGGACCUCGUCGCCCAUCUCCCGCCGUCCAUGGUGGCGCCCUUCUCCAACGUUGCAGCCGCCGCCGACCGGGCCGCCACCGCGAACGCGUCCGCGGCGGCGAUGGCCGACGGCGACAAACGCCACUGCCACGGCGGCGGCAUCAAAGGGCUCAUGGGCCUCAACAAUUCCAUCGGCCUCUUCAACGCCACCAUGCCGAUGGCUCACGGCUUGUACUACACGCCCGCGGGUGAGUCUUGGACGACCAAUGGCAAUAAUGCCGCCGUCCAUGAUCAUCAGGUGAGCCACGGCACUUCGCCUCAGACAGUGGCUCACCACUCGCCGUUCUCAUCUCUGCUGUCUCUUGCUGCUCCGGGGCCUCAGCUCGUCUUCUACUCGCCGGAAGGCGGUGGCUUCGCCAUGAAAGAAGCCACCGAUCAUCAGUUCCCUGUAGAAAGCCUCGAACAUUCGCAAGGCCAGCUCUCACUGAGCUCAGCUAGAAGCUUCCUUCACCCCGGCAACCAGGGAUGA